AUGUCUCGAAUUCCGAUCAACUUUCUUCGUCUAACCCUUCUCCUCCCGAUCAUCGUCUUCAUUCCAACGGCCCAGAUUUUCCGGGGUGGUUUGGCUAAUAGUGAAGAGGAAAGAUUUGGCGCCAAUGUUUUCCAACAACAAAAGAAGCUGGAAAAUUGGGAGGACCAAGUGAUGUUGAAUCUAAACAACGACCCGUCGUCUUUCGCUACUCAGCUCGUUAGUCCGCUUGUUGACGUCAAGCAAGAGGUCUCUCGACCCAAUAAUUGCCGGUUAUUUUUCGGUGGUUUAGAAGACGGGUUUGAUGCUAAUAGAUCACUUUCCUUUAAUUCUUGGCCUAAUUCAUCUCAUCAAGUAGUCGGGCUGGUUUCUUCACCGACUUCUUGUGUCACGACCUUGAGCGGCAAUAUUUUGAACUUCUCGGGCGGAGCAAAGUCGAAAAAUCAAAUCCUCAAUCAAGAUCGUUCGUCCGAGUGCAAUAGCACGGGCGAUGGUGGGGCUGCAUCUAAGAAAGCUAGGAUUACACAGUCCUCAGUCCAACCAGCUUUGAAGGUGAGAAAAGAGAAGUUGGGGGAUAGAAUAUCAACUCUUCACCAACUCGUUUCUCCAUUUGGGAAGACUGACACAGCUUCAGUCUUGUCAGAAGCCAUUGGCUACAUUAGAUUCCUUCAGGGCCAAAUUGAGGCACUGAGCUCUCCUUACAUGCGGCGGAAUAUUGCAGCAGAAAGCAGCAGAAAUCACCAACAACAUUCUUUAUUAAAUGAUGUUGACCUUCAAGGUCGAGGAGCUUCAAAUCAGGAUUCACAAGGAGUGAAGGAUUUGAGAAGUAGGGGGCUUUGCUUGGUCCCGAUCGACUGCACUCAACACGUCGGAAACGAAAUCGGAGCUGAUUAUUGGGCUCCGGCGGCCUUUGGUGCCGGUUUUUGA